AAAGGGUGCAGAGAGCGAGCAGCCUAGGGGGAGGGAGAGGGACCUGGAGCGGGAGCUCGAGGGGAGGCAGGCCGGCAGCCGGGCUUCGCAGGCGGACUUUAGGUGCAGGAACCAAGCCUUGGCCCCUCUCCGGCCGGGCCGCGAUGCCCCUGGCCGUCCCCGCAGAGGCUAAGGCUGGGCCUGGGGUCGCCGCUGGGGCGAGAGGGGCCGCCCAGGAUGAAGUCGCUGCUGCCCGCAGCCACAGAAACUUGAUCCUCGACUGAUAAACCUCUGCUCAGGUCUCCGCACCCUCCUCCCCAGCCGCCGCACGCUGCGGGUGCAGAAUCCAGUCUCUCGAACCGCGACCACUGCGCGCCCUCCGAGCGGGGGUGCAGGGGGCGUUGGCCGCGGCGCCCCGAGGCCAGCCCCCCCGGAGUGACUGCCACCACCAUGGCGGACGGAUCACCUCGGCCCCCACUUUAUCGCAGCGUCUCGUUCAAACUGCUGGAGCGCUGGAGCGGCGGACCCGGGCCGAGGGAGGAGAACGUGGACACCCCUGGAUUGCGGCGCCGAGCUUCGUGCCGGCCAGCCGCGGCAGUCCCGGGCCAGCCCUCCCGGCGCGUGUCCAAGCUGGCGUCGGGGCCCCCGGCCGCCCCCGCGCAGCCGCGCCCGCUCCGCAGCCUCUCGCCAUCGGUGCGCCAGCUCUCCCGGCGCUUCGACGCGGCGCGUUCGGACGACGACUCCGCUGGUGCCCGGGACGAGGGCUGCUCCCCCGGCACCACAGAAGAAGCAGCUGAAGGCACUGAGCGUGGGGCCUGGCCCAGCGUCACCGAGAUGCGCAAACUCUUCGGCGGCCCGAGCUCCAGGCGACCCAGUGUGGACUCUGAGGCCCUGGGGACGAUCAGCCCCGACGGAGCUUCUUGGGAGCCCCCAGCUCGCGAGCCCCGGCAGCCUCCGACUCCACCUCCUCGAACGUGCUUCCCUCUGGCUGGUUUGCGUUCGGCGCGGCCGCUGUCCGGGCCGGGGAUCGAGGGGAGGCGACGUCGGCAGCAGCAGCAACAGGAGCGGGCGCAGCGUCCGGCGGAUGGUUUACAUUCUUGGCAUAGCUUUUCCCAACCGCAGGCCGGGGCCCGGGCCUCCUCCUCCUCCAUUACCUCCUCCUAUCCUGUCAGCUGCAGCCGGGCUGCUAGUUCCAGCGAGGAGGAAGAGGAGGGACCGCAGCCACAGCUUGGGCCGCAGAGUCCGGCCUACAUCGGCAGCCACUUUUCGGGCAGUGACGAGGACCCAGACGGUGAGGAUGGCCGUCGCUGGCGAGGGAGAGGGUUGAGGUCCGGAAGCGCUCUGUUGGUUCAUGGCUGCAGCCAGGACAGUGACGAGCUAAAUUCGGGCGGCUUGGGAUCAGCACGGGGUGUCAGGAGCCCCGAGCCUUCAACAUCUCCAAGAACCUCUGUGGAGGAGGGACUCCGGGAGUGGGGUACUGGCACGCAGCCCUGCGUCCCAGGUCCCCAAGAGAGCUUAAGGCCUAUGUCCGACACUGCGGGGGCUCCUUUCCGUGUGGCUAAAGUAAGCUUUCCUGCGUACCUGGCCAGUCCUGCUGGCUCCCGAGGUAGCAGUCGCUAUUCUAGCACUGAGACCCUCAAGGAUGAUGAACUGUGGUCUAGCCGCAGUUCUGUGAGCUGGGGUGUGUAUCGCUCCCCAAGUUUUGGUACAGAAGGCCUCCUUCUGCGACCCCAGACUAGGUCCCGCACUAAGGGACCUGUAGGCACCACCAGGCCACUGAGGGAUGGGGGAUUGGAGCUAGACAAGAACCGACAGCGCAAGUCACUAUCGAAUCCAGAUAUCGCCUCCGAGACCCUGACGCUGCUCAGUUUUCUGCGCUCAGACCUUUCAGAGCUGAGGGUUCGAAAGCCCAGUGGGGGCCCUGGGAACAGUCCCCUCGAUGACAGAGACUCACCAUCAGCACGUAGCCCAGUGGAGCAACUCGAGUCCAUGCCGCCUCAAAGUCCAGCAUCACCCACUACUAGACCCACCCUCAAGGACCUGACAGCCACCCUGCGCAGGGCAAAGUCAUUCAGCUGCUCGGAGAAGCCCAUGGCUCGACGCCUGCUCCGCACCAGUGUGUUGAAGCCCAGCUCCUCCGAGCUCCUACUGGCAGGCUCUGGGGCAGAGGAGGAUCCGUUGCCGCUCGUGGUCCAGGAUCAGUAUGUGCAGGAGGCCCGUCAGGUUUUUGAGAAGAUCCAGCGUAUGGGUGCACAGCAGGAUGAAGGAAGUGAUGUCCGACCUAGAAGCCCUGGUGUAGCAGGUGACAUGACCCAAGGGCAGCGGUCUCAGGAGGAGCUCUCUGGCCCUGAGUCCAGCCUGACAGAUGAGGGCAUUGGCGCAGACCCUGAGCCUCUUGGUGCUGCCUUUUGCAGCCUAGAUCCUUCAGGGGUAUGGCGACCUCGUUCCUCAACCUCAGCUCAGACUAACCACCUCCGUGGGGUUGGGGCAGAAGACGGUCUGGGUGGGAGGGCCCUUGUGUCUCCCGAGACCCCUUCAACACCAGGUGCUCUCCGCAGGAGACGCAAACUCCCACCCUCAGGCCCUAGUGGAACUGAACUAAGCAACGGAGAGGCAAGUGAGGCCUACAGAUCCCUGAGUGACCCUAUUCCACAGUGUCACCGGGCGGCCACCUCUGAGGAGCCCUCUGGGUUCUCUGUAGACAGCAACCUUCUGGGCUCACUGAGCUCUAAGACAGGGCUUCCAGCAACCCCAACUACGGAUGAGGGCCUGACCAGUGGCCACAGUGACUGGUCUGUGGUUAGUGAAGAGAACAAGGACUAUCAGGAAGUCCUUCAGAGUAUUGUUCAGGGGCCUGGUGCCUUGGGGCGCAUGGGAGAAGACAGGAUUGCUGGCAAGACCCCUAAGAAGAAAUCUCUGAGUGACCCAAGUCGCCGUGGGGGGUUGGCUGGGCCUGAAUUUGAGGGCCCAGGAGGGGAGCCCAUUCGAGAAGUGGAGCCCGUGCUACCUCCAUCCAGCAGUGAACCUAUCCUUGCAGAGCCUCGGGCAGAGACCGAAGACCCUGGUCCUGCCAGGGGUAGGACACAGUCAGAGAGGGCCCUACCUGCCCCACCUGCCACCUCCGCGGCCCACCAGGACUUCCAUCUUGCCAAUGUUCUCUCCCCUCGGCUCACCCGCCGAGGUUCCAAGAAGCGCCCAGCCCGGAGCAGUCACCAGGAACUUCGGAGAACGGAGGACAUCCAAGACCAAAAUGGUAGCCUGACACAGGCCCGGUCUUCCUCCAAACAUGUUCGCCAUGCCAGCGUGCCUGCUACCUUCACGCCUAUUGUGGUGCCUGAGCCAGGGACUUCUGUAGGACCCCCCGUGGCUGUGCCAGAGCCUGUGGACUUCCCCACUGGAGCUCAUCCCACACUGCAGGCACCAUCACUUGAAGACGUCACGAAGCAGUACAUGCUGACCCUUGGCUCUGGUGAUGUUCCUGCCCCAGGUCCUGUGGACCUACCCUGCUUGCCUUCCCCUACACCGCCCUCUGCUGAGACUAAGCCCCCGGGAGCUGCCAGGGUCCCAGAUGAGCCUGCCCCAGUGAACAAAGGCUUUAGCAAGCCGCAAGUGGAUAUGCGGAAGCACGUGACCAUGACCCUGCUGGACACAGAGCAGUCAUAUGUGGAAUCACUGCGCACCCUAAUGCAGGGUUACAUGCAGCCACUGAAGCAGCCAGAGAACUCCUUGCUGUGCGACCCGUCUCUGGUGGACGAGAUCUUCGACCAGAUCCCAGAGCUUCUGGAACACCACGAGCAGUUCCUGGAGCAGGUGCGGCACUGCGUGCAGACGUGGCACGCCCAGCAGAAGGUGGGGGCCCUGCUCGUCCAAUCGUUCUCCAAAGAUGUCUUGGUGAACAUUUAUUCGGCCUAUAUUGAUAACUUCCUCAAUGCAAAGGAUGCUGUGCGUGUGGCUAAGGAGGCAAGACCGGCCUUUCUCAAGUUCUUGGAGCAAAGCAUGCGUGAGAACAAGGAAAAGCAGGCUCUGUCCGACCUCAUGAUCAAGCCUGUGCAGAGGAUCCCACGAUAUGAGCUUCUGGUGAAGGACCUUCUGAAACACACACCGGAAGACCAUCCAGACCACCCACUCCUGUUGGAUGCUCAGCGGAACAUCAAGCAGGUGGCCGAGCGCAUCAACAAGGGAGUGAAGAGCGCUGAGGAGGCGGAGCGCCAUGCCCGUGUGCUGCAGGAGAUCGAAGCCCACAUUGAGGGCAUGGAGGAUCUCCAGGCCCCCCUGCGGCGGUUCCUGAGGCAGGAGAUGGUUACUGAAGUGAAAGCAAUUGGAGGCAAGAAGGACCGAUCCCUCUUCCUAUUCACCGACCUCAUUGUCUGUACCACCCUGAAAAGGAAGUCAGGCUCCUUACGGCGCAGCUCCAUGAGCCUGUACACGGCAGCCAGCGUCAUCGAUACGGCCAGCAAGUACAAGAUGCUGUGGAAGCUGCCGCUGGAAGCCACAGACAUCAUCAAAGGUGUCCUCGACUCUCCUCUGUCCCUGCCAGGGGCAUCUCAAACCACCAAUCGGGAGAAUAUCCAAAAAGCCAUCAGCCGCCUGGAUGAGGACCUGGCCACCCUGAGCCAAAUGAGCAAGCUCUCAGAGAGCCUCGGCUUCCCCCAUCAGAGUCUGGAUGAUGCGCUGAGGGACCUCUCUGCCGCCAUGCACCGGGACCUGUCGGAAAAGCAGGCGUUGUGUUACUCGCUUUCCUUCCCGCCCACCAAGCUGGAGCUGUGUGCCACCCGGCCCGAGGGCACCGACUCCUUCAUCUUUGAGUUUCCCCACCCUGAUGCCCGCCUGGGCUUUGAGCAGGCCUUCGAUGAGGCCAAGAGGAAGCUGGCAUCCAGUAAAAGCUGUCUAGAUCCCGAGUUCCUGAAGGCCAUCCCCAUCAUGAAAACUCGCAGUGGCAUGCAGUUUUCCUGUGCUGCCCCCACCCUCAGCAGCUGCCCAGAGCCAGCGCCAGAGGUGUGGGUUUGCAACAGUGAUGGCUACGUGGGUCAGGUGUGCCUGCUAAGCUUGAGAGCAGAACCAGACGUGGAGGCCUGCAUUGCCGUUUGCUCCGCCCGCAUUCUCUGUAUUGGAGCCGUGCCGGGUCUGCAGCGUCGCCCGCGAGAGCAGCCAGAGCCCUCGAGGAGUCCCCCAGAGACCACCCUGGAGCCCACCGGGCCCGAGCUAGAUGUCGAGGCCACAGCCGAUGAGGAGGCAGCAGCCCUGGCCGAGCCGGGACCUCAGCCUUGCCUGCACAUUUCCAUCUCAGGAUCUGGCCUGGAGAUGGAUCCAGGUCCUGCCAAGAGUGACCCCCAGGCUGAAUUGGUGCCCUUUGACAGUGACUCUGAUGACGAAUCUUCACCCAGCCCCUCCGGGACCCUGCAGAGCCAAGCCAGCCAAUCCACCAUCUCCUCCAGCUUCGGCAAUGAGGAGACCCCAAGCUCCAAGGAGGCCACUGCAGAGACAACCAGCUCUGAAGAAGAGCAGGAGCCUGGCUUCCUGUCACUGUCGGGCUCCUUUGGGCCAGGUGGUCCCUGUGGCACCAGCCCAAUGGAUGGGAGAGCCCUUCGCCGCUCCAGCCGUGGUUCGUUCACAAGGGGCAGCCUUGAGGACCUGCUGAGUGUGGAUCCAGAGGCCUACCAGAGCUCCGUGUGGCUGGGCACUGAGGAUGGCUGUGUCCACGUCUACCAGUCCUCUGACAGCAUUCGUGACCGCAGGAACAGCAUGAAGCUCCAGCACGCGGCCUCUGUGACCUGCAUCCUGUAUCUGAACAACCAGGUGUUUGUGUCUUUGGCCAAUGGAGAACUUGUGGUCUACCAAAGGGAAGCAGGGCGUUUCUGGGACUCCCAGAACUUCAAGUCGAUGACUCUGGGUGCUCCAGGGAGCCCCGUCACCAAGAUGGUGUCUGUGGGUGGACGACUGUGGUGUGGCUGCCAGAACCGGGUCCUUGUCCUGAGCCCUGACUCACUGCAGCUGGAGCACACAUUCUACGUGGGGCAGGACUCCAGCCGAAGUGUGGCUUGCAUGGUCGAUUCCAGCUUGGGUGUGUGGGUGACCCUAAAAGGGAGUGCCCACGUUUGUCUCUACCAUCCAGACACCUUUGAGCAGCUGGCGGAGGUAGAUGUCACCCCUCCUGUGCACAGGAUGCUGGCAGGCUCGGACGCCAUCAUCCGGCAGCACAAGGCAGCCUGCCUGAGGAUCACGGCGCUGCUGGUGUGUGAGGAGCUACUGUGGGUGGGCACCAGUGCUGGGGUUGUGCUGACGAUGCCCACCUCUCCAAGUACCGUCAGCUGCCCACGAGCUCCUCUCAGCCCCGCUGGCCUAGGCCAGGGGCACACUGGCCAUGUCCGCUUCCUGGCAGCAGUCCAGCUGCCUGAUGGCUUCGACCUUCUCUGUCCAACCCCGCUGCCUCCCCCAGAUACAGGCCCUGAGAAGCUGCCAUCCCUGGAUCACCGGGACUCCCCUAGGCACCGAAGCCCCACCUCAGCCAGGCCUAAAAUGCUGGUCAUCAGUGGUGGUGAUGGCUAUGAGGACUUCCGACUGAGCAGCGGGGGUGUCAGCAGUAGUGAGACGGUGGGCCGAGACGACAGCACAAACCACCUCCUCCUAUGGAGGGUGUGAGCCUGCCCACGGUGGCCCAGGACUCCCCUGUCCGUCUGCCCUCAGCCUGCCCGUCUCUUCCCAGGCCACAUGCAGACCUUGAGCAGAGUGUCCAAGUAGGGGCAUGCCAUCUGGACACACUCUCGUCUUUGUGGAAGCAUUCCUGGUAGAACACUGCCAGCCAGGCCGAGGCCUCUCCUACCUGCUGACUGCCCUGGGGCUCCCGUUUGGGACCAGGGUGGAGAUGUGGGGACUGCCAGGACCUCUGUCCCUGAAGCUUCUACCAAAGACACAGCUGGGCCUGGACCCCACAGGGCUGGGGAGGCCAUGUGCAAUAUGUGGAGGGUUUUCUGGGGCAGUGGGAACGCUAAGGGACAGCAUCCUUUCCUAUGUACAGUAUUUAUGUUACUUUUUAGAUGAAUACUUUCCAAAGCACUUAUUUAUGCAGUGACCUGGGGCAGGGCGUGAUGUGAGGAAAUGACAGGAGGAUCAAAGCCUGUUCCUGUGUGAGAGGCCACCCUGGAGCCCUAACCAAGCUUUCCUAGAAGGACCAAUGCCCAUCCGUUACACACACAGACACAGACACACUCUCUCACACACUCACAUUCACUCUGCAUGUUCAGGGCACUGCGACACUGUCCUAACCCUCCCUGACAGGCUACCCACCCUAAUCCAGAAGCAAUUUGCUCAAGUGCCCUCAGACAUUCAGACCGACCACCAAGGGGCAGUGACUCUCACUGGGCAGUUUCCUAGCUUCAGCGUUUCCAAGGUGGUGGUGCCUAAGGUUCCUUAAUUUGGGAGCAUUGGUGGGUCUGGGACAGGGCUUUCUCAGGUAAGAGAAAAGGGCCUUCCCUCCUCACAGCUGGCCCUAGCCUCAGCUCCUGCCUCCCCAUGUCUUAUGCACUGGCACGAUGGUCACCUUGGGGGUGGACCUGUGAGUUCCCUUUCUCUGACCACUGAAUCGAAUCCCUCUCUAAACACCCCAUCCUGCCAGGGGCAGGCCCUUUAGGAAGAGCCCCACCCCCAAAGUUGAGAAACUAGACACAGCCUUUUUUUGGGGGGGGUUCCAGACAGGGUUUCUCUGUAUUGUUUUGGAGGCUGUCCUGGAGCUCGCUCUGUAGACCAGGCUGGCCUCGAACUCACAGAGAUCCACCUGCCUCUGCCUCCCGAGUGCUGGGAUUAAAGGCGUGCGCCACCACCGCCCAGCUUAGACACAGCCUUUUAAAAAUGGGAAAGUUUCCACUUUGGGGCAGUCUCUCCCUCACCUCCAGGCUGCAGGGAUCCACCCUGACCCUCAGCCCCUUGCUUCAGCUACAACUCCAAAGGUCUGGUUUCAGAUAGGGUUUGUUUGAUUUUGUUUUUCUUUGGGGUGGGUGGGUCAUUGCAGUCUUAGAUUAUGUUUCUCUUGCUACCAAAUAGUCAUGUAUUAACUCUCCUCGGAUGAUGAAAUUUAAAGAGUCAAUAAAUAGAAACACCAAAUGAUGGACUCCCCCUCGGCCUUGGCCGUAAUGGUCUACUGCCAGCCACCUCAGGGCUCUGUCUCCCCAGGGAUGAGGGCUUCCUGACUCUGACUCACGUAACUGAAGGGAGCAGAUGAAGAAGAGUGCUGGAGCCAUAGGUCAGUGCCAACUUGCUGCAUUUCAUGAGCAGCCCUAUGCCUGUCUGGACUUCAGUUUCCUCAAAAAAACAAAGGAUUCUGAAUGUUAGAAUUACCUACAAAUCGUACACAUAUCAGUAGUUUAUCAAUCAAAAGCUUCCAAGUCAGUCUAGGUCUGGGCAUGGGAGUCUGAAACAGACAAGCAACGGUCAAGGAACCAGAACAGUAGAGGUCCUAUCUAAGGCUCUUAUGGAGCAGAACUAGUCUGUCUGAUUCUGGCCCAAAAAGGUUUGCCAUUAAACUCAACUGCAAAGGAUGCAAAUGCCCAGCAACAUGGCCCACUCUUAGGGACAAAGAGCCCCUCUCAUGGUGUUCCCAUGGGACUUGAGGUGGCCCUCACAACAAAGGAUAUUUGGUCAUGUGACAUCUCUGCUCAGUCCAAUCCAGAUGACUGCCAAAAGAAAAUUCAGUUUCUGGGACUGGAACAAUAAUAAUUUAGUGAUUAAGAGCGAUGACUACUCUUCCAGAGGACCCAGGUUCAAUCCCAUGCACCUGCAUGACUGCUCACAACUGUAACUCCCAUCCCAAGGGAUCAGAAGUCUCUUCUGGCCUUCAGGGCACUGCACACACACAUGGCCACAGACCUACAUGUAGGCAAAACACACCAAAGAAUAAAUUUAUGAUGAGCAAGUUUCUGGUCUCAAAGGGUAGUUCAGUUGACAGACUGUGCUUGACACGUGGGAAGGCUGAGGUCAGAUGAUCUUGAAUUCAAAACCAGCUUGGACCAGGGGUUGAUGGUAUCUGCCUGUAAUCCCAGCACUAGGGAGUCAGUGGCAAGUAUACUUCUGUGAGUUGAAAGCCAGCCUGGUCUACCUACAAGUACUAAGCAAACCAGUGCUAUAUAGUGAGACCCAUUCCCAUCUCAAAACGAAACAAAACCAACGACUUGGUCUACAUGGCAAGAUCUUGUCUGCCCCCACACACACACCCAAAACAGGAAAAGAAAGGGGGACAGUGUGGGUGUAUGAUUUACAACUCACACACACCCUUCAGGGAUCUGCUGGGUCUUCAACACCACAGGGUAUGUACAGGUUCACAGUAGGCCUAAAAUCAAAAGCAUGUCCGUGACUAGAGACCUGACCUGGCAAUCACCGGGCCCGGUGAUCUAGACGUUGAAGACCCACCUCAGGCCCCUACCUGCCUGCCACUAGUCCAGUUGUUACGUUUCCAUCAGUGGCUGUCACCCUUGGUGCUUCAACUGUUUCUGCUACCGUAGGGUUUCUUGAAAGAGGCCAAGAGCUGACUUCCCCUUCCUCGCUAGAUUGCAGGGCUGGGUCUGUACCGUCCGCCCGACACAAGCACUUCAGUGGGAAUAGGGCUGGCCAUUGCACUGCCAUUCGGGAGACCACCUUCCAGAUCCUGGGCUGGCCUGAGGACAGGUGCCUUUUGGGUCGGGCGCUCAGCCUGUGCCAGUUGGCUGUGACUAGGGAGGUCCUGAGGGAACAGGCCUCAGGCUCACCCCAGGGGAGGCUCCUGGAAGAACUGCCUCCCCUAAAACAUGUUUUACAACAUGGGCUGUUCAUUAUAGUUCUCUGGGGGCACAGGCCCAUGGAAGGCCAAUUAAAUGAGAACCUUAGGUCGGACCCAGUUAUCAGUAUUUUCAUAGGAAGCCACUGAUGUCUAACAUUUGUAUGAGAAAGUACAAACCAGUGAACAGCUCAGUGAAUGUAUGUAAAGGCCAAGUGGCGUCCAUCCUCAUGGCUCUUACACUCCUGGCCACCAGGCUUGAGGUACCAUGGGGUGUGGUCUUCCCAGACAUAGAGAGCAGCCUUAAAGGCCAUGUAUGGGCAGGAGGAAGUAGCACCAGGGUUUGAUGCAGGGAGGGGUGCAAGAGCCUGGUGUGAGUGUCCACGGUGCAGAACGGGGAGAUGGAGGGAAAGGAGGCAGAGCUGGACGGACGCUCCGAGGGCACAGCAUGUUCUCGGCUUCAUCCUCAAGCCUGCUGUGCACCCACCAUACAAUAAGUGCUCGAUAAAUGUUAAAUUCAUGGUUAUUGAAAUAAAUGUUGGAGAACCUA